AUGGCACAAUCUCAGCCCCCUAAUCAUACUCCUCCUGCUAUCAAUUAUGUUGCCUCAUCAACCACUAUUCAAGAUGCUGCUUGGUAUAUGGAUUUAGGAGCCACAAAUCAAGUUACUUUAGAUUUUUCCCAGGAAACAACAAGCUCUCCCUACACAGGAAGUGAACAACUUGAGGUUGGCAAUGGUGAGUUGCUAUCAAUCUCUCAUACUGGUUCUGAUUUCCCAUUCCAUACUUCUUCUAAUUCUACUUCAACUUCUACUACUGUUGCUACGUCUAAGUCUUUGCCAUCUGUUCCUGUCUCUUCUUCUUGGUCUAUUCCUACUUCUGUACCUCUGAAUAUUUUGUCUGGUAUUUUUAAUCUUGUUUGUCCUACCACACGUGAUCAGUCAGAAUUCCAAGCCAAGUCUUUAAUUAGUCCUCAUUUAUCCUCUUCUUCACAUUUGUCUCCUGUAUGUCCCACCACACGUGAUUAUUCAGAGUUUCCAGUUAGGUCAUCAAUUAUUCCUCUUUUAUCCUCCGCUUCACAACUGUCUCCUGUGGCAACUUCUUCUGAACAUAUAAGUCCUCCUACACAUUCUACCGUGUCAAUAUCUCCUAAUAAUUCUCCUCCUAUAAACUCAUCUCCAAGUUUAGAAUCUAUUCUAUCUCCCAUAACUCUUUCUCCUAAUAAGUCAUAUAACAUUAUUCCACUAGUAGUAAGCUUACCUAUAGCUGAUCCUACAACCCAUCCUGCACAAGACAAGUCCUUAAACACUCAUCCCAUGCAAACCAGAUCCAAAACAAAGUCUCUUCAAACUGCCCUUGUGUCCAUUUCAUCUUUUGAUAUUAAAGAACCAGCUACUGUGUUCGAGGCUCUCUUUCAUCCUUCAUGGAAGGCAGCCAUGCAGGCUGAAUUCGAUGCACUAUAG